UAUGGUUGGAAGGAGAAACAAAUAGAUCCACCGCUGGCAACAGGACUCUACCGGGGAGCGGAUAUAAUAUAUAUUUGGGAUCGGUGUUGGGAAUUGUGUUGGUUUUUAACGCUCUUGUUUGGAUAAUUGAUCAAAUUCAUGGCGAUUGUUGAAAAUCCGGGGUUUGUUUGUGUAUAAAACAGGGAGGUAUUGGGAAAGGAGUUGUUUUGCUAGGUCAAGGCGGUGUAGUAAUAUUAUCUGGGUAAAGCAGACUUUAGAACAGACUCGAUCCGGGAAUAAAUUCACGUGAAUCUCGUGAUAUAAAUAGUUGUGCGUGUGUCCGAAGCGUGUAUUUACCGCUUUUAGAUCGGAUACAGAUGCGAAUGCUGCUAAUGAACAAAAGCCGAACACGUAAACAUCGGUGCGGUCUGAUUAUUGAAAUUAUACACGAGUAAAAUCAACAAUUAAAUCAUCAACCCGUCAAUAACAUUCACUAAUAUAUUAUAAUUAUAAUAACAAUAUUUAAAGACGCGUCCAGGCGCCUGUCAGUGGCUUUAGAUUACAUCAUUACGUUUAUUUCUUCAUUAUUCAUAUCGUUUUUUUAAAUAUUAUUCCAAGAAUAAAAAAACAAUGUAUAAAUAUUAAAUAUCAGUUUAUUAUUAUUAUUAUUAUCUCCACCUUAUUGUUUUUUUUUUUUUAAUUUAUUUAUUUUCUGCUGUUUCCCUGCGAACUAACGCUAUUACAUAUUGUACACGACUUCCGGUUACGUACUUCCGGGUAAUAUAAUAAAACAUUUUAUUUUUAAAUUUUCCCCUCUUGGAAGACACUUUGAAUACACUAUUGUUUAAAAAAUAUAUAUAUAUAUAAUUCUCAAUUAAAAAAAAAAAGGUUUACCAUAAAAACUGGUACAAAACGUAAAUAAUUGAUUAGCAUGCUAGCAACUUAAAAAAGGGGAUUAAAAUAUUAAACUAUUAAACCGUGCUUGUUAAAACCUAAAACUCCAAAUUUUGCUGUAUUUAUUUGUCUAUUUAUUCUUUUUACAGUCAAUUUUAAGAAGUUUUUCUGGGUAGCCCAAUUUGGCAACCUGGUUUCCAUGACAACCCUGUCAAGAUAAACCAUUCACAAUAGCCACUACUAAUAAAAUAGCUACAAGUCACAGAAAAAGUUAAUAAUUAAAAAAAACCCGUAUACGUUGUAAAAUCACGAUCCGUCUCUUGUGAAAAGCGUUACCGAGAAACUCGUUAUAAAAUACGGUGGAUAUUUUUAUAAUGUUUGUAAUAAACUCGUUUUGAUUCAUUUGGAUUUGUCCGAUUCGACAGUCGUGAUUGAUUUUGCUCGGGUGUUUGUUUUUCUGAAGUACUUUGACUCGUCCUGUUCAACAAAAAAGCGUCAGAUAAUGAAUUGAUUUAGAAGGUUUGAGGUGACUGCAUUUUUUUGGGCAAAUAAGGGGUUGUUUUGGGUCACGACCCUUACAGUAGGGUUCAUCCCCACACCUUCCCGUUAUAUAAGUUCAGUGGCAGAAUGAGCGGGACCGGAGACAAGGGCUUUAACGGGGUCCUGGUUUGUCAGGAGAGUUACGUGUGCGGCGGAUCGGACGAAGCCGCGUUCGAGUGCGACGAAUGCGGCAGCUUGCAGUGCGCACGAUGUGAACUCGAGCUGCAUCGCCAGGAGCGCAUGCGCAAUCACGACCGCAUCCGGAUUACACCGGGACACGUUCCGUUCUGCGACCAGUGCAAAGGACAUGCGGGAAGUCCUCCGAACGGGUCACGGCACCGGGCCGUAGUGCGCUGUCAGGGCUGCAAGGUCAAUUUAUGCUUGGACUGCCAGAAACGUACGCACAGCGGCGUGAGCAAGAGGAAACACCCGCUUUCUGCUUAUCCACCGUGCACAGCUCCGGAAAAGGCCAACGCUGACGACGGAGAUUCGCGCGACGACGAGAAGGCUCAGCUGGAGAAAGUGCACAGCUUCCUCCUGGUGAACGAGAAAGAGGAAAUGCAGGUGAAAGACGCAGACGAAUUCGUCAGCAGGCUGGGUUGCCCCCCUGACGAGCUCCUGAAGGUGGUGUCCAUCUUUGGGAAUACGGGAGAGGGCAAAUCCCACACCCUCAACCACACGUUCUUCCGCGGCCGCGAGGUUUUCAAGACGUCUCCCACGCAGGAGUCCUGCACGGUCGGCGUGUGGGCAGCGAUGGAUCCUCUCCAUAAAGUAGUGGUCGUGGACACCGAGGGGCUCCUGGGAGCUGGAGCUAACCAGGGCCAGCGGAUUCGUCUCCUGCUGAAGGUCCUUGCUGUGUCCGAUCUGGUGAUUUACCGCACGCACGCCGACCGGCUGCACGACGACCUUUUCAAGUUCCUGGGCGACGCCUCAGACGCUUAUUUAAAGCAUUUCACCAAGGAGCUAAAAGCCACCACGGCCCGGUGUGGCCUGGACGUCCCGCUGUCCACCCUGGGGCCGGCCGUGAUCAUCUUUCACGAGACCGUCCACACCAAAUUACUGGGCUCAGACAAGCCCUCGGAUUCAGCAGAACGUCUUCUCCAGGAGCGUUUCCGGAAGCUGGGUCUGUUCCCCGAGGCAUUCAGUUCCAUCCAGUACAGAGGGACGCGAACCUACAACCCUCCGACCGACUUCAGCGGCCUGCUGCGAAGCGUAGAGCUUCAGCUGGACAACACCACCACGCGCUCGCCACGCACGGCCUGCGUCAUCUACAAAGCCCUGCACGCCCUGAGUGAGCGGUUUAGUGGUGAGAUCCCUGAUGAGCAGCUGUCCAGUAACUCCUUCUUCCCUGAUGAGUAUUUUACCUGCUCCAGCAUCUGUAUGAGCUGCGGCUCGGGGUGUAAGAACAGUAUGAACCACCUGAGAGAAGGCGUGGGCCAUGAGGCCAAACACCGCUGCCGCUACUCCGCCCACUUCGACAACCGCAUCUACACUUGCAAGGCAUGCUACGAGAGCGGGAAAGAGGUGAUCGUGGUUCCGAAGACCACAGCAUCUUCGGACUCGCCCUGGUUUGGGCUGGCCAUUUACGCCUGGUCUGGGUACGUGAUCGAGUGUCCAAACUGUUCAGUAAUCUAUAGAAGCAGGCAGUACUGGUAUGGGAACCAGGAUCCGGUAGACACCGUGGUUCGGACUGAAAUACACCAUGUUUGGCCAGGGUCCAACGGAUUCUCGAAGGACAACAACAAUGCUGCACAGAGGCUGCUGGAUGGAGUGAACUUCAUGGCUCAGUCCGUAUCAGAGCUGAGUGUCAAACCUGCCAAAGCGGUCACUUCAUGGCUCACUGACCAGAUCGCUCCCGCUUACUGGAAACCCAACUCGCUUAUCCUUAACUGCUGGAAGUGUGGGGAGGCCUUUAACGACAGCGAUACGAAGCACCACUGCCGGGCGUGUGGAGAAGGGUUCUGUGACGCCUGUUCGUCUAAGAGCCGACCCGUACCUGAGAGAGGGUGGGGACUCACACCAGUCCGAGUGUGUGAUGCCUGCUUCCAAAACCGAGGAAUCCCCGAGGAGCUGCUGGAUGCUGCGCUGGAGGAGGACGAGAGCGGGACUCUGAUCGCCCGGAAAGUAGGAGAGGCCGUCCAGAACACUUUAGGAGCCGUAGUCACUGCCAUGGACAUCCCUCUGGGCUUGGUGAAGGACGCAGCGCGGCCGGCGUACUGGGUCCCCGACCAGGACAUCCGCUGCUGCUCUCAGUGCCAGCGCGAGUUUAACCCCCGUCUGUCCAUCCAUCACUGCCGGGCGUGUGGACAGGGCGUCUGCGACGGCUGCUCCCCGGACCGGCGCGCCGUCCCGUCUCGCGGCUGGGACCAUCCCGUCCGGGUGUGCGUCACGUGCAACCAGAAACCUGGAGACCUUUAGCAGGAAGACCAUGUCGCUUCUACGGGCGGGGACGAGAUUUUUUUUUUUGCACGUCGACGCUCAUCUCCGACGAGGCAAAGACUCACGUUUCAUGUUCAAUUCUGCAGCUUUUUUCCCCACAGGAACAAACCCUGAUGUCAUUCUGACAAUCCGUUGCUUAUACAGUCGUAUCCGUGCAUCACGUAUAUUUUUCCCCCCUCGUUUACAGCGUGCAUGAACCCAGGGAAUCUCUGUACUGUAUCGACACGUGUUUUUUUUUUUAAACGUCUUCCCCCCCGGUUGAGAAAUCAUUUUCUUUUUGUUAUAUUUUUUCAAACGUAUAACCGCAUACACGUUACACAGCGUAACAGGGCGAAAUCAUUUCCUGUCUCUCGUUAUGCGUUAUGUUAUUUAUUAUAUAGCGUUUAUUAUUAAAACCGACCCCAAACGCCCCUCCCCCACCCCAACACACUCCUGCUAUCCUUUUAUCAUUCACGCUACAUUCACACCACGUGGAUCACACCAAGUAGCAAUUUGUGGAAUACGUGCCAAAAAAAAGCGUGACGAUAAGACGUUUUUAAAUGAGUCACAGAAAUCGGUGAAUCAAAGGAAUAACGUGCAGUAUAAAGGGCUGGAAUUUAACCUGAAUAAAUUUAAAUUAUAUGAAUAUUAUGAUUAUUAUAAUUAUCUGGGGAAGUAGGAGAUCAAUGGUUAAGGCUCUGGGUUACCGAUUGAUAGGUCAUGGGUUCAAGCCCCUACUAACGCCAAGCUGCCGCUCUUGGGCCCCUGAGCAAGGCCCUCAACCCUUUUUGCUCCAAGGGUGCUGUAUCACGACUGACCCUGUGCUCUAACCCCAGCUCACUGACAUUUCUGGGAGGUUGUCAUUCUGUGGUCAAGGCUCUGGGUUACUGAUCAGAUGGUCAGGGGUUCGAACCCCACUAUCGCCAUGCUGCCGCUCUUGGGCCCCUGAGCAAGGCCCUUAACCCUCUGUGCUCCAGGGGUGCUGUAUAAUGGAUGACCCUGCUCACUAACCCCAGCUUUAGUUGUUAAGGCUCUGGGUAACUGAUCAGUAGGUCGGUGGUUCAAGUCCCACUAUUGCCAAACUGCCACUCUUGGGCCCCUCAAGGUUCUUAACUCUUUGUAUCGUAAUUGGCCCUGCACUCUGACCCCAUCUUCUUACUAUUCAUCACUGGGAGCUCAGUGGUUAAGACUCAGUACUGAUCAGAAGGUCGGAGGUUCGAGCCCCACUAUCGUCCCCCUUAUUAUUGUAUACUCCUAGCACAUUUUCUGCACAACUACAGAAGUGAUGUGUGUGUGUGUGUGUGUGUGUGUGCGUGUGUUCUCCUGUAAUCCUGCCUCCGAUCCAUUAGCGUCAACUCCUUGUUUGAUUCCUCAUCACGCCGCACACGUUUUCCGUAACGUCUCGUCUCGUGAGGUUCUCUGACGCCCACGUCGAGCUUCAACCCGGAAGGGAAAUGUUUCCUUCUGUGCAUCACUUAGUCGCUAAAGGUGUUUAUUUACACACACACACACACACACACACACACACACAACACAACACAAGAUUGUCUUUUUCACCAAAUGGUCAUUUUUCAACUGUACGAUUGUUCUUUUUUUUUUUUCGCCGUCUGCACUAUACAUCGUCUCUCAAGCUACAUAGAAACACGGCAUGUCGUUUAAAAACAUCCUCAUCCUCAUUCGCUCGACUACACGAUCACGCUCAUCUUCCCUCAGUAGCCGUUUCCCUCUGAAGCCCCGGGACGGGUUUAAUAGGAUCUUGAAAAUGACAAACAAACAAACAAAAAAAAAAGCCGUUCGUCUGUACCGGAGUUUGUUUUCUUUUAUUUCAGGUGUAACAUUAGGAAUGACUGAAUGUGACUGACGAUAACACUCAUGUUUUAUUCACCUUGUAUGCUGAAUAAAUUAAACAUGAGUACUUUUAAUA